AUGGUCGACUCGGACGCUGUGGCGCUAUUUGCGAUUCGUUCGCGGCCAGAAGUGGCAGCGCAUGACCACCCAAAAGAACCAUUCAAGUCGAUUGAGCAGACGCGUGAAUGGAUGACAUUCAAGACCUACAAACAGGGGCCCCCAGAUAUCGUGGGCCGUUCUUUCAACUUCGCCAUCUUGGACAAGUCGAUUCCUGAAACGCAAGAGCAACUCAUUGGCUACGUGAGCGUUAACAUGGUAGUCCCCUGUCCUGAGAUUAGACACUCACUUCCCCUUGAAUCGUGGGCAAAGGGAUAUGCCACCGAGGCGUUGCAGAUGAUGUUGAAGAUCUGGUGGGAUCUCCCGAGGCGGAAUGUUACUGAGCGCAGUGGAGGUGAUAGUGGCGAUGGUGAACGUGCGGACAAAAUUUAUGCCACUUGUUAG